AUGAGCCCGUGUUGGGCGUUAGUGGCCGUUUUUUUGGCCAAUCUUUUGACCACCGAAUCGGCGGACCCUUGCAUGCCUAUUAAUGCUGCUUUUCGAUCGGUGUCGUCGCAGAAUGGCGCGACCUCAUGUAAAUGUAUGAUCGACCCGCUGGUCGGGACAAAUUACGACAACGUAUGGAUUGGCUGCUCCGGCCAGUCAAUGUCCACUGUUUUCCGGGAAUUGCGAAGCCUCAACGAGACCCGGGUGCAACGAGUUCAUAUUUGGGACAGCCAGUUGAACAUCAUCCCGACCGAGAUGUUCGAGAAGGCCAGUGAAUCACUAUUGCAUGAAAAAUUGAAGCUGAUCAUUGAGAACUCGCUGGUCAGCGUGGUUCGCGCCGGAAGUUUCGCUACACUUGGAGCGAGGUUGACGGAAUUGCGGUUGAGGAAUAAUGCUAUCAAGAAGACGAUCGAUCCAGAGGCGCUGAAAGGGCUUGAUCAUCUCCAGAUUUUGGAUGUUAGCGCAAACAAAAUAUCUAAACUUCGCGCCGAUGACCUGGACUCGUUAACGGACCUGCGCGAGUUGUAUCUCAACGACAACGCCAUUUCCGAGAUUGAAGAUGGGGCAUUUUCGGCUUUGUCCUCUCUCCGCGUGCUGUCAAUUCAGAAUAAUCAGCUUGGCGCCAUCAGCAGAAACAUGUUCAAAGGGCUGGAAAACCUGGAGGAGUUGUACCUCGAGAAUAACAACCUCGCCCAGGUCGACUGGACGGCUUUUAGGCAGUUGAAGAAGCUGAGGGUCCUCGACCUCGGCCGAAAUCAGCUGACCUCAAUCGAUCUGCAGAGCUUCGACAAGCUCGAAAAGCUCAUCCUCAACAACAACUCGCUGCAGAACUUGAAGAACGUCUCGAUUCGCGACCUGCGGAACCUCAACUACCUCUCUAUGGACCGGAAUUCGUUGGCGCAGAUCGACGAGUCGGAUUUGAGGGGUCUUUCCGGGUCUCCGAGGCUGGAGACUCUUUCUUUGGCUUCAAACAACAUCUCGGUGGUGGCCGCUGGGGCUUUCAAGAAUCUCGUCUCCUUGAAGACGUUGGCGCUUCAGAAUAACCAAAUUACCACUCUGACGACCGAAGGCCAAUCGCUAUUGUCGCCGCUGCGCCUCCUCAACGUCCUGAUCCUCUCGGGCAAUCGGCUGGAGGCCUUGAAGGGCAACGAUCUACCGCCAGCGCUACAUACCCUGGCUGCUGACCACAAUCGCAUCAGUCACGUCGAUUCUAACGCUUUCCACGGUCUAAAGCUUCAACGUCUUUUCCUCCACGACAACCGUUUGACCCAUUUGCCGAAGGGAACGUUUGACCAGAUUGAUCUCGAUGUUUUACAAGCGAUUGAUCUGACAGAAAACCGUUGGCAAUGCGUGUGCGCGGAGGAAUGGCUUGGAGCUUGGUUGGAGAAAGCCGGCGAGGCUGAUGUUGGCGAAGGGGUUCUAGGCUGUCUUGCGAUUCCAUGCGAUCCAAAGGAAGCAGCGGAGAAGCCCACCCACUGGGCUACCGUAGUCGCUUCGGUUUUGGCCGUUGUAUCUGUCGUCAUUCUACUCGGAAUCGUGUAUCUCUAUGUGGAGGACGCCAGGAUGAAGCCGAUUUCCAAGCACUCCUUCCGUCGCCACGACUCGGAUAUGCUGAGACUUAUCAACGAAGAGUCGAAAACCGACGAGGCUCGCGGUGUUGCGCCCAAGCCACGACCAGCCGACGCCGCACAUAACAGAAGCGUUCGAUGGGCUAAC